GUACAAAAGAAAAAGAGGAAAAAAUAAACAUAAUACGAUCAAACUCUCUUUUUCUUCUCUCAUCAUCUUUCCCACGCUUUCACGCUUUGCCUAUUAUUUUGAUCUUAAAAAAUUAAAUAAAAACAAUUUGCUCACUCUUUUUUCUUUGCUGUUAAAGAACACUCAUACUCUCUCUCUCACAACGUCUAGACGACGAAUUCAAUUUCAAGCUCUGUUUCAAUGGAAACGCUGAAGAAGAAUCCAUCCGUAAGAAGAAAAGGCAAGCUAGCGAGAACAUUCCAGAAGGUAUGCAGCCUGAGAACGACGUCGACGAAGGUCUCCUCCAACAACGGAAUCGGCGGUAUCUGUAUGUUGAAGUCACACAAUAACCCAAACUUCGAAGACGAGGACGACGACGGAGACUCCGUCUUCGAUCUGAAGAGCACUUCGAGCCGCAGCAGCAGGAGCGGAGAGCUCAAGGUGCGGGAGCGGCGGAGAGCCGUCUUCGAAGCGGUGGUCGCCAAGAUCUUCGCCAGCACGACUUCGAUCAAAGCCGCGUACGCCGAGCUCCAGAUGGCGCAGCGUCCUUACGACAACGCCGCGAUACAGGCGGCGGACACGGCGGUGGUGGAGGAGCUGAAGGCGUUAUCGGAGCUGAAACGGGGUUUUCUGAGGAAGGAGCUGAACAUCUCCCCGCAGGUGGCGAUUAUGCUCGCCGAGAUCCAGGAGCAGCAGAGCUUGAUGAGGACGUACGAGAUCACGAUCAAGAAGUUAGAAUCCGAAUCCGCGGAGAAGCAGUCGAGGAUCGAUUCGCUGAAGACGAGUCUCGAGGAAGUCUCGGCGGUUAACAAAUCGAUUGAGAAGAAGCUCACGGCGAGCGGUUCACUCUCUCCGUUAGAUAACGUCGUGUUCUCGAAUUUGAAUUUGAGCGCUUACGUUCAGAUUCUAGGGUUUACGUUGAGAUCCGUGCGAAGCUUCGUUAAGUCUAUGGUGAAGGAGAUGGAGUCGGCGAGCUGGGAUCUCGACGCCGCCGCCUCCGCCGCGAUCCGAAACGCAUCCACCGUCUUCGCUCGCCCGAGCCACCGCUGCUUCGCGUUUGAAUCCUUCGUUUGUUGUAAAAUGAUGGAGAAUUUCGAAUCUCCGGACUUCUCGUUACCUAACGUCGAAGAGAAACCGAGCCGUGAGCGUUUUUUCAACUUGAGAUCCGUCGACCCGGUUCAGUACUUGACCCGGAACCCGGGCUCCUCCUUCGCGAGGUUCGUGCUACACAAGUACUUGAGCGUUGUACACGCGAAGAUGGAGUGUUCAUUCUUCGGGAACUUGAACCAGAGGAAGCUGGUUAACUCGGGCGGGUUUCCGGAUUCGGGUUUCUUCGCUGCGUUCUGCGAGAUGGCUAAACGGAUCUGGCUGCUCCACUGCUUGGCGUUUUGUAUCAGCGAAAACGUCACGGUGUUUCAGAUCAAAAAAGGCUGUAGAUUCUCUCAGGUGUACAUGGAAGGCGUGAAAUUAGGGGACGAGUCUCUUUUCUCCUCCGAUGAUGAUGCAGAUAUCCGGGUCGGGUUCACGGUUGUUCCCGGGUUUAAAAUCGGAGAUAACGUGAUACAGAGCCAGGUUUACUUAUCUCCGGUGACCGGUUUUCCUCCGCCGGGUACUUCAUAAAAAACGAUAUGAUACACAGCUAAAUUCAAAAGUAUAUUUUCACGCUCCGGGAUGAAAAAGAGCGGCGGCGCGUGUAAAAGGAAUGGUGGGACAUGAUUCCUUGGUGGCAGCAGGACUGGCAUGUGGGACAUGUAUUGAAAGGGGUAAGAGAAUGUGACGGUGACAGAAAAUGGCGCGAGGGACAAUCAUCAUCAAAAUAGUUUAGUGACAGAAAAUGAUAAAAUGAGAAUUUUCUCUUUUUUUUUUCUGUAAGUUUAGGUUAUAAAACACAGCAUGGUAGUAGUUGACAAAAAAAAAACACAGCAUGGUAGUAUGGCAUGGAAAAUGAAUAGUGUUCUAUGUUUUUUUUACAUGUUAAAUAUAACUGAAAUUUGUUUACAA